GAAUUAUUUACCUGAUCUCAACUCUUGGCCAGCUGACACAUUCUGUGCUCUUCUUGACUGUUUCUGCGCGGGAUGGAGGUGGCCUUCCCUCUGCCACCAAUGCAGCUGUCACAGUAAACAUCCUUCAGACUGCUUCAGCCCCUGCAAUAUUUGAGAGAUCGCGGUACACUUUUUCUGUUCCUGAAGAUGCACCUGAAGACAGCCUGAUUGGCACUGUAAAGGCCAGAGAGCCUCCAAAUUCUCUAGAAGUGGUUUCUUACAGAAUUUCCUCUGGUGAUCCACAUGGAAGAUUCUCUAUUGACCCGCGGUUUGGUAUCAUCCGCACCAAAAACCAGCUUGACCAUGAAACUCAGUCUGUUGUGGUGCUCACCAUUCAGUCACAGUUGGGUAACUCCCCUGUCUAUAGUAGCACCCAGGUCAACAUAUCUGUGAUAGAUGUUAAUGACAAUCCUCCAGUAUUUCUUACCAAAUCUGAUAAGGUAACUAUUUCGCAUACCCAGCCACCUGGCACUGCUGUCUACAUUGCUCAUGCAGAAGACAAAGACAGUGGCCUAAAUGGAGCAAUCAAAUAUAGUAUUGCAAGCAAGCAGUCAAAUGCAUUUAGCAUUGAUCCAAGCCUUGGAGUAGUUAACCUCACCAGAGCAGUGUUUGCAGAUAAGCAGCAGGAACAUACUCUACGCAUAGCAGCUGAAGACAGUGGAAGUCCUCCCCUGACUUCUUUGCUGAUGUUGACAGUGAUUAUUGAAGAGCAGAAGAUGGGCCCUACUUUGGUUUUUCAAAACUUGGUGUAUCAAGUAGAAAUAAGUGAAGCUACUUCUCCAGGUGCCCGAAUCCUUCAGGUUCAAGCCCACUCACUUGAUCCACACAGUGUUUCCUCCAAGCUGACAUAUUCCUUAGAGCCUAGCACAGAUUCUGUUGCAUUUGGAAUCAGCUCUGAGACUGGUUGGAUUUAUCUUCAGAAACGUUUGAACUAUGAAUGUGCACAGAUACUAAGUUUUAGAGCCCUGGUCAGCACCUCUGAGGAUGAAAACCUCAGGCAAAAUGCAAGUACAUCGAUAAUAGUUAAUGUCCUGGAUGAAAAUGAUAAUUCUCCCAUAUUUAUGCGUGAGAACUACUUCUUUGAAAUGGAGGAAAAUCCAAUUCCCAGAGGUGUGAUUGGCACCGUUACAGCUAUUGACAAAGAUUCGGGACGAAAUGGACAACUUUCCUAUUUCCUCUUGUCUGAUGGAAAGUAUUUCAAGAUGAAUUCCAACACAGGUGAAAUUAUAAACUGGGUUGCACUGGACCGUGAAAAACAAGCUCACCACCAGCUGACCGUGCUAGUGACCGACCACGGGUCACCGCAGCUUAAUGCCACAGCAGCCGUGUACAUCACGGUGAGGGACGUCAACGACAACAAGCCCCUAUUCCCUCAGGUGGCGCCCGGGCAGGAGCUGCACCUCAAGGUUUUGGAAGGGCAGCCAUCAGGGACAUUUAUUACCACUGUCUUUGCAAAGGACUUUGAUUCUGGAAACAACGGUGUGGUAUUAUAUUCAAUAGAAUCAGAAGAUGAUGUAGGAUACUUCCAGAUUGAUGCUGUCAGUGGGGAGUUAAGAACAACCCGGUCUCUGUCACAUGCUGAGAGAUCAGACUACAGAAUGAUGGUCACAGCCACGGACCAGGGGAUGCCAUCACUUCAAGGACAUGCUGCUGUUUACAUCCAGGUAGUCCCGCUUCCCAAUGGGAGAUCUGUCUUCUCUCAAGAUUUCAAGCACUUUGUCGUACCUGAAAAUUUUAAACCUGCACAAGUGUUGAAUUCUCUUAAGUGGCCUGAUAAUCAUCUAACAACUAACAGGAAACUGCAUUUCAGUAUCACUAAAGAUGAUGAUGAUGUUCAUUUUGAAAUAGAUAGCUUGACAGGAGACCUUUUUCUUUCCAAGGAACUUGACUAUGAAACAACUUCACACUUCCUUUUGCAAGUUAUUAUAAAGGAUUAUAAUAAUAAUCCUCCACAGAAUAAUACUGUCUUCCUAAGUAUCGAUGUAGAAGAUCAGAAUGAUCAUUCUCCAUAUUUUCAAGAUGACUUUGUAGUGAUUGGCAUAGAGGAAAAUGUACCUGUUGGCACUCUGGUUUACACAUUCAAUGCAAAAGAUGGGGAUGGCAGUUUUCUGAACAGCAAAAUACAGUAUUCCCUGGAAAUGAGAAACGGAGGUGAAAAUCCAUUUCUUAUUCACCCUUCAUAUGGCACGUUGACCACAGCUUUUCCACUAGACAGGGAGAUUACUCACUCUGUGAUCCUUACGGUGUCUGCAGCAGACCAGGCAAUAAAUCUGACUGAUCGCAGACUUGAUUCCCUGGCUGCAAAAAUUGUUAUUUUAGAUAUCAAUGACAACAGUCCCAGUUUUACAUCUUCACCUCUUUCCUAUGUCAUGGAGGAUGUGGAGGUGGGCUUCUUUGUGCACCGCAUAAUUGCAAAGGAUCCUGAUGAGGGAAGAAAUGGAGAAGUUACAUAUCACAUUCUUUCAGGCAAUGAAAACAAAUCAUUUGUAUUGGAUAAAACUACAGGACUCCUAACUACAGCCCAGCUUCUGGACCGUGAGAUUCAGGAGCGCUACAGUUUGACAGUCAUGGCUCUUGAUGACGGCAGCCCUGCUCUGUCCACCACGCAGGUUCUAACCAUCGUUGUUCUUGAUGUGAAUGAUGAGACCCCGAUAUUUCUGAAGCAACUUUACGAGACUGCAGUUCGUGAAAACGAAGACCCAGGAGAGUUUGUCAUAAAGGUGGAAGCCGUGGACAGAGAUGCAGGGCUGAAUUCCUUGCUUCGGUAUGAAAUCUUACCAGGAACUGGUUAUGAGAAAUUCAGGAUGAACUCGGACAGUGGGGAACUUGUAACAACUGCAUCACUGGACAGGGAAAUCCAGGAGGUUUUCAGUAUCAAAGUUUUGGUUCGAGAUAGCGGAAAGCCAUCGCUGUCGAGCACGGCGACAGUUAUCUGCAAAGUGCUGGAUGAAAAUGAUCACUCUCCCACAUUUCUUCUUCCCACGUCCGAGAUCCAUAUUCCAGAGAACCAACAGCCUUCUGUCAUUUAUGUUCCCCGCGCUGUGGAUAUGGAUGCUGGCAAUAAUGGAGCUCUAAGAUACAAAAUAAUUGGUGGAAAUGUUGGAGAGUACUUCACACUAAAUAACACUUCAGGAAAACUGCUGGUCACUCGUAGCUUAGACAGAGAAGACGUCAGCAAUUUCACUCUUGUAAUUGAAUGUCGUGACCUAGGCAGCCCCUCCAAAAGCUCCACUGCCCAACUCUACUUAACGGUCUUGGAUGAAAAUGACCACAGCCCAUUGUUUGCAAAGACUCAGUAUCAAAUCUCCGUGAGAGAAGACCUGGGGGAAGGCUCAGCCAUCCUGGACCUCUUUGCUUCUGAUGAAGAUGAUGGCCUGAAUGGCGAAGUUACGUACUCCCUCAUUGACGACACCUUUGGAGCAUUUGCUGUUGACAGUGUAACAGGGUCUAUAAUUACUACAAAGGCACUGGACCGGGAGACCAAAUCCCAAUAUACGUUUAGGGCUGUGGCAAGUGACUCUAGCGCCCAUUUGCCAAGAAGCAGCACUGUCAGGGUUGUGGUGCACAUUGAUGAUGUCAAUGACAAUGAUCCUGUUUUUUUGCAGAAUCCUAUCAGGGCCUUUGUGCCUGCUCAAACUGCUGUGAAUGAGACAGUAGCCACUGUGAGAGCAGAGGACGUGGAUCUAGGGCCAAAUGGAGCUGUUGUUUUUAGUUUGAUGGUAGCAGAAACUGUAUUUCAGAUCGACACAAAGACAGGUGACGUCAUUCUUCAGGAGCCCUUGGCUUCCAAGGACUUCGGUACCCAGCUGCUAGUGAGAGCUUCAGAUCAAGGUAUCUCACCUCGAACAGCCACAGCUAUGGUCAUUAUCUUUACAGAGGAACAAGAAGAGGAGAUUUUGUUCAGCAACAGCCUGUAUGAAGCAAGCGUGCCUGAGAACAGUGCAGCAGGUACAUCACUUCUAACUGUAGAAGCUUAUGAACGCAAAUUUACAGGAGAAAACAUAAAAUACAGCAUCUUCAGCAACAAGGAAAGCAUAUUCUCCAUACACCCUGCUACAG